GGCGGCCCAUUCGUUGUUGGAGUGUCAAAGUGUUCGGUUGAAUUUCUAUUCCCAAUUUGCAAUCCGAGAUUUCUAAUUUAGUGCCAAGUCAGCAGCUAAAAGCAGCCGCGAAAUUUAAAUAAAGCGUGUAGUGUGUCGAUCAACGAGUUUUAAUUUAAUUUGAUUGUAAAAAAGAUUUAGAGCAGACAAAAUGUGUGACGAAGAAGUUGCUGCCUUGGUUGUUGACAAUGGUUCCGGUAUGUGCAAGGCCGGUUUCGCCGGUGAUGAUGCGCCCCGCGCUGUCUUCCCCUCAAUUGUGGGUCGCCCACGUCAUCAGGGUGUCAUGGUCGGUAUGGGCCAAAAGGACUCGUACGUCGGUGAUGAGGCACAGAGCAAACGUGGUAUCUUAACCCUGAAAUACCCCAUCGAGCACGGUAUUGUGACCAAUUGGGAUGAUAUGGAGAAGAUCUGGCAUCACACCUUCUACAAUGAACUGCGUGUAGCCCCCGAGGAGCACCCAGUCCUGCUGACUGAAGCCCCCUUGAAUCCAAAGGCUAACCGUGAGAAGAUGACACAGAUCAUGUUCGAAACCUUCAACACACCCGCCAUGUAUGUGGCCAUCCAAGCUGUGCUAUCGCUGUACGCCUCUGGUCGUACCACUGGUAUUGUGCUGGAUUCUGGUGAUGGUGUAUCCCACACUGUACCCAUCUAUGAAGGUUAUGCCCUGCCACACGCCAUCCUUCGUUUGGAUUUGGCUGGUCGUGACUUAACCGACUACCUAAUGAAGAUCUUGACUGAGCGUGGUUAUUCAUUCACCACCACUGCCGAACGUGAAAUCGUUCGUGAUAUUAAGGAGAAGCUGUGCUACGUCGCACUUGACUUCGAACAGGAGAUGGCCACCGCUGCGUCCAGCUCAUCAUUGGAGAAAUCAUAUGAAUUGCCUGAUGGUCAAGUGAUCACCAUCGGCAAUGAACGUUUCCGCUGCCCAGAAGCCCUCUUCCAACCUUCAUUCUUGGGUAUGGAAGCCUCCGGCAUUCACGAAACCACAUACAAUUCGAUCAUGAAAUGCGAUGUGGAUAUCCGUAAAGACUUAUACGCCAACACUGUGCUGUCUGGUGGUACCACUAUGUACCCAGGUAUUGCUGACCGUAUGCAGAAGGAAAUCACCAGUUUAGCUCCAUCAACAAUGAAGAUCAAGAUCAUUGCGCCACCAGAACGUAAAUACUCCGUCUGGAUCGGUGGUUCUAUCCUUGCUUCUCUGUCUACCUUCCAACAGAUGUGGAUCUCGAAACAGGAAUACGACGAGUCCGGCCCAUCAAUCGUGCACAGGAAAUGCUUCUAAACUGGUUAAUGGUAUUUCACAUAACUGUAACCAACCAAAAUUUUAGAACUUUAAAUGAUUUUUUUUUAAGUUUCCAUUCAAAUGUAUUAUUUUCUAAUUAUUUAAAAUGUUACAAAAACUUGAGAGAAAAGAAUAAGAUUGGCAAACUCUUCUUGUCAUGCAUUCGUCUAUGUGCGAGUGGGACAUGAGGGAAUAUUACAACCAAAAAGCUAAAAAUGUCGAUUUUUUCUUUUUAUUUUUUGGAAAUUUUCAAAAUUCACAAAUUCAAAUGAUUGUACCAAUAAAACACCACAGUUCCAUAUGGAGUUUAAAUCAUCUUCAUAAAUGCAUAAAACACAUUUCACAAAAUGUUUUCAUUACAUACAUAACUGACUAGUAUAUUCAUAUGCACCAUCAGCAUAAAAACUUUUUGUGUUCUAAUUCAUAAAGAACAAAUUUGCUCAAGUAGAUGCUAACGAUGGAAUUAAGCUUGUGCAGCCAUCGCCCUUGGUAUCCAACUGACGCAAAUUUCCAUUUUUAUAUGUACUUGCAAGAAAUGUAAUGUUAACUUCAAUGUUUAUUUUUUAUGACAUUUGGUUUUUAAUUACAUGCGUAUUGAUUUUCUUACGCUAAAAUGUUAAUUAAACAAGAAAAUUACUAAAGACUUGAACAACAAAAAAUAUUAAUAAAAAAGAAAUAUUUUCUUAAACAAGUAA